GUAGUUAGCGUGUAGUUACCAUGUAAAACAUAAAUCACAAUUACUGAUUUGGUUGUGCAAUAGCGUACGCGUGUGUUUUAUCUAUUAAAACUGCAAAAUGAGCGGGCUUAGAGUUCGCGGCUUAUUGGCCCUCAGUGCGACAGCACUGGGAGCAUUUUAUAUAGGCUCCCGCACAGAACGUGAACGUCUCCAGCAGAGCAGCGAUGUUUUUCCGCGCUUGCCUGGACUGCCGUCAUUUGGAACAGUUUCGGCCGCAAGUCUCGUGCCUGCUGCCAAUGAUGCGAACCUGACUGUUUCGCGAGUUUCGCAGAUCAUGAAGUAUGGCUUUCCCGGACUAGACCACGUUCGCUCUCAUUCAGACUAUGUGCUCUCCUACGACCGUCGCAAUCGUAUUCCCCAUUGGGUGUUUGAGCACCUAACAGAGCAGUCAGUGGCAAGAAACGAUGCCGUGGAUCGUUCGAAAUGCGACUUCAAGGCAGAUGAGAGCAUACAUCCCUUCUUCCGAUCACAGAACACAGACUACAGGAAGUCGGGCUUUGAUCGCGGGCACAUGGCUGCCGCUGGCAACCAUCGACUUCACCAGAAGCACUGCGAGGAAACCUUCUACCUGUCCAACAUGGCUCCCCAGGUGGGCCAGGGGUUCAAUCGUGACGCGUGGAACUCUCUGGAGAUGCACGUGCGUAAGCUAACCAAGAGCUACUCAAAUGUGUAUGUUUGCACGGGUCCGCUGUACCUCCCCCACAAGGGGGAAGACGGCAAAAUGUAUGUGAAGUACGAAGUCAUCGGGCCCAACACUGUGUCCGUGCCCACUCACUUCUAUAAGGUUAUUGUGGGCGAGGCGGCCGAUCGUAAACUCCACAUGGAGGCAUAUGUUAUGCCCAACAAAGUGAUUAGCAACGACACUCCGCUGAAAGUGUUCCAGGUACCACCAGAGACGGUGGAGCGGGCGGCUGGCCUGCUCUUCUUUGAUCAGAUUAACAGAAAGCAGCUCUCCAGUAUCAACGGCAAGAAAGUUUGAGUUCCAGGGAAGUUUAGUUCAAUUUUAGUGUUGUAUUUGUGUACCAAGUGUACCUUUAUAUAAUUUUUGUUCUUUUCCAAAGAAUUUAGUUGUUGAUUAAUAAAUUUAAACAAUUAAUACAGAUAAACAUAA